AUGGCUGAUGAAGACGAAGUCGUCUUUGGCAAGAUCUUUACUGCCGACAUAAAGCUCCUGGAAGAGAUCGUCGGACAGGCGAAGUCUACAGUCAGCGGCGCAGUCAUCCACGCCCACCAAAUCGAACGAAUCAAGACUAUGAUCAGCAACCUCAAACCUGCCACUCCCUCCCAGCCUGAUCGCAACGAUACUCCUAUCCAAGUGACUGUCGAAGAUAUCAUUGUCGAUACAACGAAAGACCUGACUGCUCCGACCGCUGAAGAUCUCGCCGCCUCUACUCUUGUUCACGAAGCUCGUACUAGAGUGACCAAAUGGAUUAUGGAAACUGAGAAUCCACCACGCAUCCUCGUGCGCGCCGAAUAUUCUGACAAGGCCCUUCUCGACCUCAACAUCACCUUGAAUAAGGACUUGUACUCGAUCAGGAACGACAAAAUGGUGCAAUUGAGUUUUGCCUAG